UAACUGCCAAUUCUGACGUUUGACAGCACAGCGGCAAUUGUUUAUAAACUAAAUCUAAAAACUAAGGUAGCGUAAAUAGUAUGCAAACCGAACACUGGGGCGCCAUUGAGGAGGAGUGCGGGACGUUCGCGUCGGACAAAUACGUGCCGACGACCGCCAAAAAGCCGAAACUGGAUGAGUUACGGCAACGCGGCGAUUUGUUGGCAGUGGAUAAACACGACAAAAUUGAGCUGAAGAGUUCACUGGUCACGCAAACCAUCGAAGUUAUGAAACAAACCGAAGUGUUGCAAUCCCUCAUCGACACGUAUUCGAACAAAAACGGUACCUCAAAUUAUCUGCUCAAUCCCUGCCAAAUGAUACCCGAAGUGGACUUUCCACCAGAGAAUGCCGCCGAUUUGGUCAGCGAGCAGAAGUUUCAGAAACCCAUUUGGUUUAUACCUACUGUGGAUACGGCGUAUUCACGUGGUGAUCCGCAACCAUAUCCAGAGAUCUCCAGCAACACGUGCAGGCAUGCGAUGCGAAAAGUCAUGUGCGGCCUGCUCCGUCUGGCGGGCUUCACGGACUGCUCUGAGACGGCGAUCAUGCUACUGACGGAUGCGGCCGAGGAAUUUAUGCGCAGCUUUAUCACAGAAUAUCGCAGCUUCUAUGACAUCGACGAUAAGCUGGAGAAGUCAACGAUGCUGCAGUUGCUGCCGCUCGAGCGGGCCUACUUUAGUAUGACGGGCACCUCGCUCACCCAGGUCCACAACUACUACAAGCAUAAGGUGAUAUCGCGAAAUCGCGUCGAGAUCGGUGAAUUCACCAGCGUGCUUCAGGAAUACGACAAGCUGAUGAAGGAGAGUCAAAGCAGCAUGCAGAAGCAACAGCAACAACUUCAACUCCAACAACAGCAGAACCAGCACGAUUUCAAUGGACAUGAUUUUCUUAACAUACUCGAAAUGCAGCCAGGCGAUGAUGGUGGCAGCAGCGCCACUGGCAGCAACAGCAUGGGUAACAUCGUUGGCGAAAUGCUGCAAGAGCUCGGCGGCAGCACCAACUCCAGCAUCUCGCUAAGCAACGUGAGCAGCGGCCAACAACAGAUGCUAAACAGCAAUGCCCUAUACGGCCUGCUCGAUGGUCAAAUGAGCAACAACAGCAAUACGAUGGCCAGCACAACGAAUUAUCAAAACAAUUUUGAUACCUAAAACAGCAAUUUAGUCACAGUAGAUAUUAUGCUAUAGGCUUAAAUCGGAACAGUUAGGAUGAGAAGAGUGCCAUACAGCAUGGCUGAAGCAGGAAAGUUCCACUAGCAUCCAUUAGAAUAGCCUCAAAGUGCCGAAAUUUAAAUACCCUAUAUAUUUCUACACUCAAUGUUUUCAUAGAUAGAAAAAUACUUAAAUAACAAGUCAAAAUAUGAACGAUAAACGAUAUAAACAGCAUGUAAAUGUUUAUAAUU